AUGUCCAUCCUUCUCUCGUGUUUGAAAUUCACGACAACCACAGCGAUCUUUCUGAUUGCUGCAUUUCUGGGUGUGGUCUUGUUUUAUCCAUUUCCAAAGCUUGAUCAGAUAUCCAAAGAAUGGCCAUUGAAGACGAUUGAAGAAUAUGAAAAGAAAAUGGCUCCGAUGAUGGCUUCGCAUGGAGUCCACUUGUCCUUCUUUCCCAAGAAAGCCUCAUGGAGAAAGAUCAAAUUGUCCAAUGGAAUGGAAAUGAACAUGUUAGAAGGUGGAAAGAGAGAAGGAGAUGCCAAUCAAAAGUUACUGAUUUUUAUGCAUGGCUAUCCUGAGACUGCUUUACUAUGUUGGGGACGAUAUUUAGAUCACUUUAUUGAAAAAGGAUAUUGGGUCAUUGCUCCAGAUAUGAGAGGCUUCAAUGAAAGCUCUAAACCUCUUCCAGAAAAUGUGGACAUGCAACAAGUGAUGAAUUUUCCCAAAUCAUUCUCAUAUGGUGCCAUUAAAAAGUACUUGUCUGAUUUACAUCGAACUGCCUAUCUUUAUACAGACAAGUAUUAUGCAGAGGAUUAUUACUUGUUGGUGACAGAAUAUGCAAAGAGAGAUAAGGCCAUUUUCAUCACUCACGAUUGGGGUAGUGGAGCUGCUUCGUAUGUCAGGCGUGAACAUCCAGAGAUUUUCGAGAGAUUGGUUAUGGGUGUUGGAAACUUUUUAAACACUCAAUUCAUUAAGAAUCGACCACUCGACUUUGUGAAACAAUUAUUGAAGUCAUGGUACAUCUUUUUCUUCCAAGUAUUGGGCGUGUCUGAUGUUGCCGUCUCGAGAGAUGAUUUUUCCUUCUUACUCUUCUUUACAGGAUUUGAUGAAUUGGGACGUCAGGGACGAAUGUCAGUCGAAGAAUUGAAUUUAUGGGCCAAUCAUUGGAGAAAGAACUUUGUCACAGCGACCUCCAUCUACAGAGGUGCCUUUAGAAACUCCAAACCACCUCAAAAGCUUGAGAACAAAUCAGUUCCAAUUCCCAUUCUUUAUAUUCAUGGUGAAAAUGAUCGAUACAUCACAAGUGCACCCAUGUACUUUUUUUGUGGAGAAUAUUCUUACAGAAGAGGCAAAGAAGAAAUCGAGUGUGUAUGA